UGCAAGUCGCUGAAAAUGAGGGAAAUUGUUCAUGUGCAAGUGGGCCGGUGUGGCAACCAGAUUGGUGGAAAAUUCUGGGAAGUAAUAUCCGACGAACACGGCAUAGAUCCCAACGGGGCCUACAGCGGCGACUCGGACCUGCAACUUGAACGCAUCAACGUCUACUACAACGACGGUGCUAAGUCCACUUACGUUCCUCGAAGUGUACUGGUUGAUCUAGAACCAGGAGUUCUAGACUCUCUUCGAAGUGGUCCGUACGGGACGCUUUUUAGACCAGAUAACACUGUCUGCGGAUACUCAGGAGCCGGCAACAACUGGGCCAAAGGACACUUCACUGAAGGAGCCGAUAUUCUAGAAACUGUUCUGGAUGUUGUAAGAAAAGAAGCAGAAGGCUGCGACUGCCUCCAAGGAUUCCAACUCGUACACUCCAUCGGAGGCGGCACAGGUUCAGGAUUGGGAACGCUACUACUCGCCAACUUACGGGAAGAAUACCCCGACAGGAUCCUGGUAUCCUUCUCAAUAGUACCCAGUCCAAAAGUAUCGGAUACUGUGGUGGAGCCAUACAACGCUACGCUGUCAAUAAAUCAGCUGAUAGAAAAUUCUGAUCACACUUACUGCAUAGAUAACGAGGCGUUGUACGACAUAUGCUUCAGGACUUUGAAGCUGAAGACGCCGACGUACGGGGACCUGAACCACCUGGUGUCGGCGACGAUGUCGGGUGUGACGACGUGCCUGCGGUUCCCGGGCCAGCUGAACGCGGACCUGCGCAAGCUGGCGGUGAAUAUGGUGCCGUUCCCGCGGCUGCACUUCUUCAUGCCGGGGUUCGCGCCGCUCACGUCGCGCGGCAGCCAGCAGUACCGCGCGCUCACCGUGCCGGAGCUCACGCAGCAGAUGUUUGAUGCCAAGAACAUGAUGGCUGCCUGCGACCCUCGCCACGGCCGCUACCUCACCGUCGCCGCCGUCUUCCGUGGCCGCAUGUCCAUGAAGGAAGUGGACGAACAGAUGCUCAACAUACAAAAGAAAAAUAAAGCCUUCUUCGUAGAAUGGAUCCCAAAUAACGUGAAGACUGCCGUGUGUGACAUACCGCCUCGUGGUUUGAAAAUGUCGGCAACGUUUAUUGGUAAUACGACAGCUAUUCAGGAAUUGUUCAAACGGAUUGCGGAACAGUAUUCGGCGAUGUUUAGACGGAAAGCCUUUCUUCAUUGGUAUACGGGAGAAGGUAUGGACGAGGCGGACUUCACUGAGGCUGACAACAAUUUGAGUGACCUGGUGUCGGAAUACCAGCAGUACCAAGACGCUGCGGCGGGAGGCGAAGAAGAAUAUGGCGAAGAGAUGGUGGCACAAGGUGACAGUGACGAAUAG